UUAUCCAUGAAUAUCCGCCAUUCCGAAUCUAGAGGCUAGAGCACGUUGUUUUUCUUAUCAGGUUAUUUCAUUAAUCCUGUAUUAAUUCUAUGACUGGAAAGUGGAGACUUCGUCUUGUAGAAUUGUAUUAAUCGUAGAUAACAUUUAAAAGUAGUCUGUAAAGGCUACUGAAAACCGAAUAGAGAGGCUAUGAUUGUUAAUGUACUGAUGUAUACACUAUAAUAUUUUUAGUUAUCGAAAUUACCACUUAUCAGUCACUACUUACUAGUUGCAUUUUCUUUUUUACAAUCACAAAUUAACGGUUAUUGUUAAGUGUUAAGAAGUUAAUGUUUGGUAAAACGUCAAUUCCAAAUUUCAUUAUUAUUGUGUAGUGUAAAUAAGAUUUAUGUGUAUCACACCAUUCUAGUUAUCUAGUGAAUCGUAUUUCCUCCUGUGGCCUGUUCUACAAUCACAAAAAGGCUUGUAAACAUUCGUCAAUAUGAGUAAGCGCAGAGCAGGUAAUGAACUAACUAAAGACAAUUGGGACGAGGAAGAAGAAAAAGUAGAUCCUGGAACAUUUCAAGUAGCAGAUGAUUCUGUAUUAAAGAACCGAGUUUUGAAAAGAGCUAAAAGAACAUUACAAAGAGAUGAAUCUGGUGAACUAAAACCAAUAUUUUCUGGAUUUUCUGGAUUCAACAGUCUCUCUAGUAAUAUAAAUUCAAAGCAAGCAUUUUCCUUUUUGUCAAAAUCUAACAAUACACCCAGCGAGAGUGGAAAUCAUCCAUCAGCAUCAACAAUUAAUUCAUUGACCACGUCUAGUAGCUUAACAUUUUCAGAAAGUAACAGUUCCAAGAGUUCAACUCCACCAAUUGUUAAUCAUGAUAAGGUGAUGAAUCUUAAUAAAGCAUUUAUUAAAUUUAUUACAAAUGCUGUGGAAAAAAAUCCUUAUUGUGUAUUAACACCUUCAUUAAAAGACUAUGAAAAACAAAUCAGCAAAUUUGUUGAUCUCUCUGCUCUUAAAACAAAUUCUCCUGAUUCAUCAAUGACUUCUUCUAAAGUUUCUCCUCAAAUAUCAGUAUCGGAAAGUAAAAUAACACGUACAAAAAACUCGGAUGAAGUAAAAAAUAAUCCUGUCAAUGUCCAGAAAAAUGAAACUAGUUUUAGUAGUCCACUGGGCAAUUGGUCUAAUUUUGGUAAUAAAAGCCAAGAUUCUGAUGUCAAAGAACCAAGUGCAAAUAUUUUGAAACUUGAUAAGACGACUAAAGAACAAAUAAAAGAAAAAAAUAUAGAAACAAAAUCUCAAGUAUUUUCUUCAGAAGAGUCAAAGAAUACAGUAACGGAAACUAAUGGAUUUAAAUUAGGUGAUUUUAAAUUCAGCAAUCAGCCAUUUUCAACCUUAACUAGCAAGUCUCCUGAAUUAAAAUCUAAUGAAAAACCAGAAAAACCUUUACCUGCAAUUUUGGAUAGAAAACUGCCACCUUUAGAUAAACCUCUGUUUUGUAGAACAUUAAACACAAAGCCUCCAUUUAAUUUUGGAGGAAGUACUGUACCAUCAUUUUCAUUUAAAUCUUCUGAACAAAAUGAUGUCAAGCCACUCUUUAGUUUUGGAUCAAAAUCACCUACCUUAACAUUUUCUGGAGGAAAAACGAAGGCCGAUUCUGAAAACUCAAAAGAUGAAGAUGAGGAUCAACCACCUACUGUGAAGUUUACACCUGUUAAAGAAAAGAAUGCAAUUUUUGAAUCUAAGAGUAAAUUAUUUAGUUUUAAAAAUGGUAAAUAUGAAGAACUCGGAAUUGGUCAAUUGUAUUUAAUACCAGUAGAUAAUAAAUUACAAUUAAUCAUGAGAAAUGAUAAUGCCUUGGGAACUAUUAUGGCAAAUACGUUACUGAAUGAAUCUGUCAAUUUUACUAAACGUAACGCAAAAAAUGUUCAGCUAACAUGUAUUCUUGAUCCUACGAAAAGUACCAAACCACAAACAAUUCUAUUCAAAUUUAAAGAUUCACAAAUCACUGAUUCGUUUGAAAAAGAACUUAUCAAAUUAAAAAAGUAAUCCCAAUAUUAAGUUAUCAAUAUCAAAAUAAUUGAUUUUCUUAUUUAUAUAAUUUUAAGUUUUUCCAGACUAUUAUAGAUAAAUAAAGAUACAUAAUAUUGUGUAAAAUGUAUUAAUUUGAGUAGGUUUCAUUCGUAUUAAAUAAACAAUAAAUAAUAUA